AUUGACAUUAUUUCUGUUCGCGAUUUCGCGCCUUCUGGUUCUCUCUCCCUCUGCAGAGGGAGAAUUCGAAAUAAAUAGUAGAUAGGGAGCUCUUUAAGUUUCUCUCUCUCUCUCUUUUACUUUAUUUUUUUCAAAUAGAAGGCGUAGAAAGGGUUUCGUUUUUCUUUUAUCCCUAAAAAUUAUUUCCGGGGGGUUUUCGGAUUCUAGGGUUUCUGCCGCGCUCUGGUGAUUGAAAUUUAGGGUUUGAACUUUGAAGGAGGAGAUCUAUGGCCUUACAAGGGCAGGGAAUCGACCCUGCCGUUCUCGAUGAUAUCAUUAAUCGUCUUUUAGAGGUCCGAUCUGCCAGACCUGGAAAGCAGGUUCAGCUCUCAGAGGCCGAGAUCCGCCAGCUUUGUGCUGCUUCCAGAGAAAUAUUCCUCAUUCAACCUAAUCUGUUAGAGCUUGAAGCUCCGAUUAAGAUAUGUGGUGACAUCCAUGGCCAAUAUGGUGACCUUUUAAGGCUUUUUGAGUAUGGAGGUUUACCUCCACAAGCCAAUUAUUUAUUCUUAGGUGAUUAUGUAGAUCGUGGGAAGCAGAGUUUGGAAACCAUAUGCCUCUUGCUUGCUUAUAAGAUUAAAUACCCUGAGAACUUCUUUCUUUUAAGGGGAAAUCAUGAGUGCGCUUCUAUUAAUAGGAUAUAUGGAUUUUAUGAUGAAUGUAAGCGACGGUUUAAUGUGAGACUUUGGAAAGCCUUUACAGAUUGUUUUAACUGCCUUCCUGUAGCGGCUCUUAUAGAUGACAAGAUAUUGUGCAUGCAUGGUGGCCUUUCCCCUGAACUCACAAACUUGGACCAAAUAAAAAACUUAACAAGGCCAACUGAUGUUCCAGACACUGGUUUGCUCUGUGAUUUACUCUGGUCUGAUCCAGGCAGAGAGGUUAAAGGCUGGGGAAUGAAUGACAGAGGAGUUUCAUACACUUUUGGCCCUGAUAAAGUGGCAGAAUUUUUAAUGAAGCAUGAUCUAGACCUUGUCUGUCGUGCCCAUCAGGUUGUGGAGGAUGGUUAUGAAUUCUUUGCUGAUAGGCAACUUGUUACAAUAUUCUCAGCCCCAAAUUACUGUGGUGAAUUUGAUAAUGCUGGUGCAAUGAUGAGUGUUGAUGAUAGUUUAAUGUGCUCCUUCCAAAUUUUAAAGCCCGCCGAGAGGAAGGCAAAAUUCAUGAUGUCGACAAAGAUAUGAUUUAAUUUCUGCAGUCUCAACACUUCCUGGCAUUGCAAAGCUAGUGUUUCUCCUCUACAACCUGGGGCAACCUGGUGAAGAUUUGAGUAUUCAGCUUUCAUCGAAGUUUUGGAAAUACGAAUAUGGUAUGUCGGUGGUGUUGCCCAUCUAACAGGUAUUAGUAGUUUUGUGGAAUUAUUAUUGUAGGGGAGUUUGAAGAAUUAUGGGUCUGAAGGUAACUGUUGUGUGGCACGGCAAAAGCCAUGUAUUUCUUUUCUUUUGCCUUUUCCUUUUUUAUGGAAACUGUGGUACCCAUGUACACAAGUUCUGGUCAUGCUGAUCUUGUUCGAGGUUGUGGAUGCCAAAAGAUGGUUGUGUCCACUCACUGAAGCAGUCUCUUUCCAUUGAUUGAACUCAAAUGACAGCCACCCUUUUGAAGAAUACUCAGUUUGCUGGAUC